CAAUAUCGAAGUAACAUCAAAGUCGACUGAAGAUGUUGAAUUUAAACCUGGAAAAAUAUUACGAAAUAGCCGGAUUAAUAAUGAUGAGAUAAAAAAAACUGACCAUCAUCUACAAAUUCAACUGUCACCAUGGCUGAGGAUAUUGAUAGGUUUAUACAAGAGCAGAAGUCUAAACUUGCCCGGGAGCGCAAUGACUUGCAGCAAGAGACCACGCGUAAGGUCCUGGAGGAGGCACCAAGCAACUACCCGCCUACCGGCAGGAACGGAUUCAAAGAAAACAUUCCACCAGCAUCGACCGGAAAAGGUAAUGCUGUCCCAUCUGGUGGCCAUGACGACAUCAAGGAAAAGCUUGCAAGGGAGAGACAAGAGGAGUAUAAACAAUUCAUGGCCGAAAAGGAUUUGAGGUUUGCCCCUCGGAAGCCUGAUGUUCCUGAUAAUGGAGGAUCGCUGUCAAUUCCCAGCAGAGAUUCAGCUAAGGAUCGCGCACGUGCCGCACGCAAUAAGGAGUACAAUGACUUCCUGAAGAGUAAAGGAAAUAGAUUGUCGCAGAAACCACUAGUUGGGAACCAGGAGCUUUCACCAGACAUUCAGACCAAGAAACCGUCUUACAACCCAAUCACAGGCAAGGAUAACCAAAACCCAAGUCAGAUUCCCCAAAAUGGGUACCCUCCUUACAAUUCUAGACAGCCAGAUGAGCCCCGGGACCGAGGGCUGGAGCGAGAGCAAGUCCGAGAGCGGGAUCGAGGGCUGGAUCGAGGGGGUGUGGACCGAAGGAGAGAGGCGGCGUCCCAAACCCCACGCCCCAUACUAAAAGAAUAUGACGAUAGACCCCCACCAGGUCCACGGAGAGGGUGGGGAACACCCCAGCCAGAAUAUGAUGAGCUGCUGAGGCGUAAGAGAGAGGAAGAGGCUAGGUACAGACGCUAUGAUGAAGAUUACGACUAUUACCAACCUCGUGGAGGAAUCCGACCAUCCUAUAGUGACUCUCACCUCAACAGAUAUCCUGAGGAUGGCAGAUAUUCCAGAGCAAGGCAAGAAUACUACGGCCAAGAAUAUGACAGAAGGAGAGUCCGAUUCAGCGACCAGCCAGGUGCAAAUGGAAGGGCGUAUCCGCCAGCGGAAAACCCACGCUACGACAGACCACCAGAUGGAAGAGAGUUUGCCAAUGACCCUGGAUAUGACUGGGGUAUAAGCCGUGGCGGACGAAGUCGUACCUUACCGGAGAUGGAAAGACAAAAGCCACCUGUGAAUCGAGGCUAUGAUGCAGUGGAUACCAAACAACCAAGAGCUAAAUCAGCUACGCUACCCACAGAGGAAGUGGGUAUAGCCAUUGGUAACCGUGAUACAGCAAGUGCUACUAGGAGGAAAAAAGAGCAGUAUCGCAAGGAGCUCGAACAACAGAUGAAAGAAGCACAGGAUGCCAAAAAAAGGGAGAAACGAGACGAAUUACGUAUCAAUGCCAGCGGAGCAUCAGAUCCUGCUAAAAGGUCUGAAGGCUUCGGUACACAACGUGGGUCUUCACGGACACCAGUACCCAACCAACAACAACCCACUCAACCACAACCCACUCAACCACCUCAAGGGUACCAACCAUCGUUCAUCAACCAACCUUACCCCAAUGCCCAAGUGGGUGGGGUGCCACCUCCUCAGGUACCCAAUCUGGGUUUGGAGGAUGCACUAGCUAAGUCACGUCUAGGUGGCGUUGGUUUUCGAGAGGGGAAUUCUAUGAUUGAGAGACCUUUCAGUAUCAAUAACUACAGUAGCGCCCUUGCACCACCGGGAGGAGUCAACUCUACAGAUCCAUACAUUUACUAUGGCAUGAGAAACCCACUAGACCCGGACCCAGGUGACUAUGCUUCCCGUAUGAUGCAACAACCAUUGUCUUAUAACACUGCGUAUCCCUCCCAACAAUAUGGCACCUAUCCAGCCCCUAGAGCGGGACCAGUAGGCGGGUUACCACUUAAUCUGCCACCUCAGGAGAAUCUUACCCUAGCAGGAGCAGCACAGACUGCCCAUAUUCGUAAUGAAGGCUCCAUCAAGAACUUUAUUGGUGACACCAGUCUGAGUCCCAGGACAAUCAACGAUCCUAAAAACUACCAAUUAAUACUAAAGCAACAGAUGCUGGAGAAAGACAGGAAGAAACGUCUAGAGAAAGAGGAAAAGGAGCGCUAUGAUGCUAAACUUGAGGCAGAGGCUGCAAACUAUAACCCAUGGGGUAAAGGAGGAGGCGGAGCUCCUAUGAGAGACCAGAAGGGGAAGAUUGUAGCUGAUCUUAGGCAGUUGCAUAACCACAAUGAGCAAGCUCUUAAUGAUCCCCAGAGCACGCAGUUACAACUUUACGCUGAUCAAGCACCAGGAUCAACAACUACGGCUGCACCAGGUUAUCCUGGUAUUCCUGGUCUACCAGACAGGUCCCCGAGGCCAGCUGCCGUUGCUGUCCAAGCUGAUAAUGAACAGUCAGGCACUACUGGUUCAAAGAACCCACAGGACGAAUACAAGGAAUACCUCCGACAACAGGUUGAGGACAAGAAGCGGCGGGAAGCUGUAGAAAAAGAGAAGUUGCGUCUCGAAGAAGAGAAAGAAGAAAAGCGCCUUGCCGAUCAGAGAGAAAAAAUGCAAAAAGAUUUUGAGGCCGAGCAGCAACGACAGAAAAACAAAGAGGAAGAGAAAAAGAGGCAGAAGGAAGAUUUGGAGAAGAAGAUAGAAGAGGAAAGGAAAGAAGCCGAUAAGAAAAAACAUGACGUCAUGGAAGCCAAGAGACGGCAGGGUGAACAGGAGAAACAGAAACAAGAACAGGCCCAAGCUAGGAAUGAACAGAAAGAUCGCUACUCACCACCAAUACCUACUCUUCGCACUAAACAGGAUGAACCAAGAGUGAGUUCCCCACCAGUUCCUGCUCUGCGCAAAAAUGAUAACGAGAAAAAGGAUUCACCCAGAAAACCCAAAGACAUACACGGAACACCUCGCAGGCCACCAGGGACUCACCGGGACAUGGAUGCUAGGCCCAUAGUGCCUGCAAAAGGGGAUAUAUACAACAGACCUAUCUCAAAGGAGAAACCGUCAGCCUCAGACUCUCUCAAGUCAAAUGACAACAUCUCCUCCCCCUGGAACGAGCUCUCGGAAAAAUCUUCUCCCGUUCCUGAAGAUGAUAAACUUGUCCGCAAGAAGGAGGAACCGUUGGGUAACCUCUGGGAAUACUCCCAGGGCCCAACAGGUAAAACCUCCCAGGAACGGGCAAGAAUAUUCCCUGAUAAAGACAUUUCUGAAAAGCACGCCAAUUUGGAUGCUUUGGAUAAAUUCCGUUUGCCUAGGGAGACCCCGCCGGGCUCCCCACUCCCAAGGGUCAUCCCCAGGGAAAAUGCAGCUCUCAGUCCGAUGGAGAAGCUGCAUACACAUAAACAAAAGGAGGGGGAGGAGAUUGAGGUCAGACGUGGGAAGGAGGUUGAUGGAUCACGAGAUAAAGCGGUGGACAAAUCAGCAAACGCCAAUGAAUUUGAUGUCGUUGAUUGGAUGCGGUCAAUCGAUCCAGACCUGGUUGUUUACGCUCCCUCAUUGGCCCAGAACGGCUACCAGACAUUGAAGACGGUACGCCGUAUCAACCGCCACACCCUCUUGCAGUUCUGCCCUGAUAUGAAGCAUGGCCAUUUUGAGGCUGUCUUGCAUGAGGUGGACCGAAUACAAACACCAGCAUCUAGAAAGCUGCUUGAGGAGGAGAGAUUGAGGAAUAAUGAGGUACGUCUGAUCGAUUUAUUCUCGGACCAAGGAAGUGAAUCUGAAGAUGAGAAAUCUGAAGAGGACCUGCCUCAGGAUUCCUUCACGGAUUUUCUCAUUGAUGUCUCAAAAGAAGAGCAAGAAGAAGCUAAGGGUCGAGAGGUCGGUCCGAGCCGCGACCCUCGAGAAGUUAUAACGGCUCUGUCUGCGAUGCGCCGCCAACUUCACAGUGAGCAACGCCGCAUCCAAAACCAGCUGGACCAAAAUAAGCAG